ACCUAGUCUCCUUAUCUAUUAGUUAACUGUUGAUUUUGUGCCUGUUUUACUUAAGUAAAAUGUAUAUUAUUAUUAUUAACUGUUCAGAAAACCUUCCAAUUGGAUCAUUGGUGGUUCUGACUGGUCUGGUUCUGUCUGCAUGCAGUACCGUCAGCGACCUGUGGGGGCGGCAGAGGCGAACCAGUUACCCUCCUCGCGGAUCAAUGAGCCUCACGCGCUUGGCUGUCUGAUCGCUGGUAUUGGCCGGGUUCGGGGUCCUGUGCUUGUAUAUCGACCCGGUAUCGUGGUCGGUUCUUUAUGUCUGAUCGUUCUUGGUUCGGAUGUUUGUUCCAGAACUUUCGGGCUCACCUGGGUGGGUUUGAAGUUAGCCGUCGUUAGCAUCCUCGACUUGCGGGGGCAUUGAUGAUCCUCCUGAGUCGGAACCUUUGACCCGGAGCUUCACUGCGGGGUCACAUCCAGGUGAAUCGGUUCUUUCCGUUUCAGACCCGUUUCGCAGGUCCGGUCCGGUUCGCCGGUUGAGUUUUGGCAGCGGGAAGCAGCUUAGCUAGUAGUAGGCUACCAGCGGGAGGAGUCGGCGGUCCACUCGAACUCUCCCGGUCCUGCUGGUUCCGGUAAUGCUGGAAAGAAACUUGGAGAAUCCGGGGAAGAGGAGGGGCCGAACCCCGGCGGCCAGCAGCGGCGGAGGCGGUCACGGACCAGCCGCGAGCGCAGGCGGAAAGAGCCUGUCCGGUAAUGGAACCAGCACUAACAGCUGCUGGGAAGAAGGAAGUUCGGGCUCCAGCAGCGACGAGGAGCAUGGUGGAGGAGGGAUGCGGGUCGGACCGCAGUACCAGGCGGUGGUUCCGGACUUUGACCCGGAGGUGGCGAAGGCGGCUCAGGUCCGAGAAAACCUGGGGAUGCUGGUUUGGAUCCCGAGCAGCGUCCUGAACCAGACUCAGUUGGACGAGUACAUCGCCAUCGCCAAGGAGAAGCACGGAUACAACAUGGAGCAGGCCCUGGGGAUGCUCUUCUGGCACAAACACAACAUCGAGAAGUCGUUGGCCGACCUUCCCAACUUCACGCCGUUUCCAGACGAGUGGACCGUGGAGGACCGGGUCUUGUUCGAACAAGCCUUCAGCUUCCACGGGAAGAGCUUCCACCGGAUCCAGCAGAUGCUUCCUGACAAGUCCAUGGCCAGCCUGGUUCGGUUCUACUACUCCUGGAAGAAGAGUCGCAGUAAAACCAGCCUGAUGGACCGACAGAACCGCAAGCAGAAGAGAGAGAGAGGUGACAGUGACGAGGAAGGUGAGGACGGAAAGGCAAAUCCCACCAGCGACUUGGAGUUUGACGCGAACAAGGAUGAAAAGAAAGAGGUCGGUUCCUCAGCGGAGGGGUCAGAGGUCAAACCAGCUUCUGGACUCAAGAUUGGUGGGAGGGCGGCCCAGAGGAUGAAGAAACGCCCCCCCAGAGGGAUGUUCCUGAGCCACCAGGACGUCCUCUCUCUGUCAUCUUCAACCCCUCAGGGCCUCAUCAGGCAGCUGGACUCUCAGGUGGUCUCCAUCAAAAGACAGAUCCAGAGCAUCAAGCAGACCAACAGCUCUCUGAAGGAGAACCUGGGCUCGGGGGUCGACGAGUUCAAGCAGCCCGAGAACACUCAGAAGUUCAACAACCGCUGGACCACAGAGGAGCAGCUUCUCGCUGUACAAGCGAUCAGGAAGUACGGGCGGGACUUCCAGGCCAUCUCAGAUGUGAUCGGCAACAAGUCGGUGGUCCAAGUAAAGAACUUCCUGGUGAACUACAGACGCAGGUUCAACCUGGAUGAGGUCCUGCAGGAGUGGGAGGCAGAACAUGGCAUGGAGGCGGGAGGCGGGGGAGGAGACGAGGACAAGAUAGAAGCAUGUGCUGUGGAGGAGGAAGAGGAACCAGCCUGCAAGCAGAAGAAAGAGGAUUUAUCAUCUCCAGCAGACCCUGAGAAGCCAUUAGCUUCCUGAAGCCACACCUCCUAAAACCUGCCCCUAAUGCCUGACUCCGCCCCCGGGGGGGUCUCUGUUUUAUUGCUAUUUUAUUGUGUUUGUAUUAUUUUUUUCCCUGAGUUUCUUAGUUCUUCUGUUGCUCAGGUUUAAGGUUUGUGUCAUGAACUGUGUCACCUUUUCUGGACCAAUCAGAACUUGCCUGUCGAUCAAUGAGAGAGAACCUUUUUUUUUCUUCUUUUCCUACCUUUAUUCUGAAGUCUGUCUGCGUUUAAACCUUUAACUUCCUGUUUGCAUUUCUUUGCGCUUUGAUCUGUAGAAAUGAAGCAGCCAUAAUGGAUAAUGUCACUCAGGUGAGGGCAUGUCUGAUGAUGUCAUCCUGUUUUUAAGGAUUUUAGUCUUUUUAGCAGAAAUACAAUAAAACCAAAGUUCAAAGGUCA